GUCAGCUUCACCAUGUCUUGGAUACAAGUUUCUCCUACUCAGUAUGAGCGGCCUUUUGACGCGAUCGAGGUCUUCUACCGUGGUCUGGCCGAUGCCGCGGCCCCUUUCAACAAGCAGCACUAUCUGAUCUCGUCGGUGACCCGGCUUAAGGUGCUGCCUCCUGUCGAGGAGGUCCAGCAGGCGUGGAGAAACCUGCGUGAGGAACAACCCCAGAUCGCUGCUGUGGCCGAUGACAGCGGCACCCGGUUCAUCUACACCGUGCCAUCCCCAGCGGAGCUCGAUGUCUGGACCCAGGAGACUUUGCUCGUGGAACCAAACAUGCCAGCAUCGCAUCUUCUCAACAUCCUCGAGCCAUCCACGCUCUUCCGACUCUACUACCUCCCUCACUCCCGCGAACUGCUCUGGCGCACUCCCCACUGGCGCGUCGACGGCAUCGGCCUGAUGCACGUCCAGGCGGCAUUCUUCCGCCUACUCUCCGGACAAUCCACCCCCUCUGAACCCUCAAACAUCAUCACGCGUCUAAACCCAUCGCUCGACGACAUCAUGACCCCACCAGGCACCAUGACCCCGGAGGAAAUCACCUCGUCCAUCAACGCCGAGCUCUCCAUCGUCCUGGACAACGCACCCACCACCAUCACCACCCCCACCCUCCCCAACAUCCUCCCUUCCACAACCCGCUUCCUCCACACCAGCAUCCCCGCCGCCACCAGCACCCGCAUCAUCACCACCUGCAAAGCCCACAACCUGACCAUCACCACGGCCCUCCACGCGACCUUCACCCUCGCCCUCCUCCCCCACAUCCAACACAACUACGACCCCUCCACCCGUGGCCUCCCCGGAGGAACCUACACCGGCCUAAACGCCCACAGUCUCCGCCGCUACCUACCAACCCCCUACAACAGCCCCUCCGCCGCUGUGAGUGUCUACCACACCGGCAUCCCCUUCUCCAUUGACCUCUCCACGACCCGAGACUUCCACUCCAUCGCCUCUGCUCUCGGAAAAGGCUACGCACGGGAUCUAUCGGCUGCGCAGCCACGGCCCAUCUUCCCAUUCCAUCCACAGUACGUGAGUACAAUCCUGGAACUGUUUCUCGCGCAGCCGGAGGAUCCAUUACGCGGGUCGGCGGUGCCGGUGUUGAGUUCGUUGGGUCGGGUGGAUGAUUAUUUGGAUAAGGAGUAUGGGGAUGUGGAGGUGGUGGAUUGGUGGAUUGGGGUGGAUGUGGUGUCGAGAGGGUUGGUCGUGAAUGUGUGGUCGUGGAGGGGGGAGUUGAGACUCGGGGUCGCGUGGAAUGAGGCGUUUUAUGAGGAGGGGUUUGUGAGGGAUAUAGUGGAGGGGUGGAGGGGAAGGUUGAUUGAAGAGUUAGGAAGAUGAGUAGAGGGUAUGUUGGU